CACAUUCAGACACAUCUGGAAAUUCAGUGGAAAUCAGUUCUUGCCUAAUCCUUUUCUGUGGGAGUGUAUCUACGAGCAUCGCCGUUCAUCGCCGUCAUAGUGCUCUGACGCGAUGUUUGGGUGACAACGCCGAGCCUCCGGUACAUCAGCCUCCGCCCAUCGCGUGCUUCCACAGAAACACCGACCGUGCCUCUGAUGCGUGACCCGUUGACGCUAGUUCUCCUGCGGUGCGCGGUGCUGCGCUUCUGUACCUGCCAAAAUGGACAACUGAACAAUCGACCUCAACAUGCCUACCAUUUAUGGAAGUAAGGGAAAACUUGCAAGUGUUUGUUUCAUGCUUCACCACGCAUCCCAGGACAUGACCCAGUCCUGGCCUUACCAGCAGCCCCCAGGGGAACGGGGCACUCAGCAUUUCCUGUACUCACACUCAAAGGAGGGAAACCAGCCCAAUUCACGACACAGACAUGUGAGGGAUGGUGUCUCUAUGAGGAUGCCCUCACGUCCACUCGUAGCCCCUCAUAAAUCCAUGCUCGCUGAUGACCUGAAGCUCAGCAGUGACGAAGAUGACAAGGACGAGGGAUGUGAGCAAACAACUUCCUGGGCUGAUAAUGACCGCUUGUCAGGCCAGCAGCAGCACCACACACACACACAUGUCGGAAGAGUGAGACAUUCUAGCUCAGGGUCUUCAGAAUCAGACCCCUCCAGUGAGUGGGAAAGCGAUCAGAGCCAGCGAUCACGCAGCCCGAGCCCAGGGACGCACAACCGGUGCGGGACACCGACCCAGCAGCGGACCCUAAACUGCAGCACAGAGCGACGGAGUGUGAAAUCUGACUGUGGCCGAGGACCAUCACCUGGAAGAUACUGGAGCAGAGAUUCUGAAUCCAGACGGGAUUACAGUCCAUGUGAAAGUCCAGUCCCAAGUCCAAAAUUUGACUACAGCCCCAGAAACAGUCCUCGUCCCAGCCCAGAAUACAGUCCAUGCCCCAGUCCAGGAAUUAGCCUUGUGCCGAGCCCAGUGCCAAGUGUGUGUCCAAGUCCAGGAGACAGCUUUCAAGGGAGUCAAAGUCCCAGCCCUUUACACCCUCCCAAAAGCCCCAGUCCAAGUCUCUCAUUCACCGCAGUACCUAACCAAGGUACAUAUCCUCAGGUCCAGCCACCUCAACAAGACAGUCCCAGGCAUAUUGCACGGCCAACCGUUGCCUCUAAUCCAGCACAUCGUCCCAAAGUAAGGCCAUGGGUGCCUCUGAACCACAGUGCCGACCAGAGAAAGGAGUUUAGACCCAAAUACUCUAGAUCCAGAGACUCUCGAUCCAAAGACUCCAGACCUGGUCCUCCCCAACAACCCCAUCAUUCCGAGCACAGCUCAACAGAAAAGUCACACAAAGAUCUCACACACAAGCUUGAAGCCAUAAACUCUGAAUCCACAAGCAAGCAAAGGUUUAACUCACCUUCGAACCCCAUUUCAAAGCAUUUGUCAAAGAAAAGACCAAGCAUUAGCCCAAAACCACAAGUCAGUCACUCAUCUACAACUGACCAUAGUAUUGAACAUAAUCACAGAAGCAAUGAAACUACAGGAGUGUCAAUCCACAGUUCACACUCCAAAUCAGGCCAUUCAUCUUGUUUUAAUACUCUAAAGAGGUCCGACCGUGGUCCCUCGUCAAAGUCCAGGGACUCGUCCCAAAACGAAGUCAACAGUCGAUCUAGUCACAGCUCGAAGACUAAAUCUUUCCCAGAUACAAAGCAGUCCAGCUCUAAACAGACUUCCCAAAAGAGUUCCAUCCCAAAGCCCAAGGUCAAACUAGGGGACACCCCAGUGCCCAGAACCGGGCAUUCCCAAAAAGACCCAAAGCCCAGAGAGAGAGAGCGAGAGGUGGACAGCCGAGGUAAUGCACAGGGAGCAACCCUGGUGCAGACCGGCAAGGAGCAGAGACAAAGAAGACUGGCGGAGGAGCAAGUGAUAAGGCGUCGCUGGGUUCGGAGUUCUGAGGAAGAGGAAGACAAGGAAGACGGGAGAACAGAGGAAGGGGAAAGAGAGAGGAAACGGAGGAGGAGGAGGGAGCAGGAAGUUGAAUGGAAGGCAGUGCAGCCCAAGCAAAGACCUCACACCAACAGCCAGCAUCAAGCUCAAAACGAAUGCAAUGGACACAACCUUGAGGAGCAAAGGAGGAAGAAGAGAAGGUGGAGCAAUGAGGACAUUUCCUCAGGUCCUCAUGUGACUGACACUAGCCCUUCUCCUCCACUUUCUCCACCUUUGCCUACUCCUGUCAUCAACCCCACUCUCCCAUCAUCUUCCUCGUCCUCAUCCUCCUCCUCAUCCUCUUCAUCCUCAUCAUCUUCCUCUGAUUCAGACUCUGAGUCUAGUCCACCCCGUAAUGUUGCCAAAGUCCCUGCAGAUUCAACAUCAAACCAAAAAACUGUGUCAAAAAGGAGGCUUGACAAGGGUUCUGGCACUGGUGCUCACCCCCAUGAAUCGAGCUUAAGCACACCUGAGACACAAGGUCGGGGCAGACACAAACUCUACACAUUGGUGCCUUUUGGCCGAACUGAAACGUCCCCCACUGUUGCACAUCGAGGCCUGAGAAAACUUGUUGUGAGGAUAGACCUCUCGCUUCUGGGUAGAGUCCCCAGUGCAGAUGAGAUUACCGAGAGACAGUCCGCGUCUUCAGCUUUGUCAACGGGAAAGGCAAAAGAAAAGACAUCGAUGAAACACUUGCACCACUUGGACCAACUGCCUGGAGAUGGCAGAAGUAAAAGAAAAGCUGAAAAUGGAGAUGCUCAAAGAGAGAAUAAAAGAAAUCACUCUCGUGCAGAUAAACUACUGGUGUCAGUCCACAAUGAGACUGAGGAAACCCUCAACAAGCAAAAUGGAUGUCAGGAUGAUUACUUUUAUUCCAAGAGCCCUGUAUCCCCAAUGUCUCCUCCAUCCGGCAUACUGGAGCUCUCAAAACCCUCAGUAAAAGCUCAGCAUGCAGAGAAGUACCACACACCUCCAGAAAAAGACAAAGAUUCAACAGCACAGAAAACACAGGUUCAGAAGAUGCAGCCCAAGGUAGAGGUGGAGUGUGUCGGGGUGUCAGGACACCUCCAGUCACUCUCUGGAUCGCUGGUUCCUCCCUCAAACCUUCCGCUUCACUACAGAGGAACUGUACCUAUUAGUGAUGUCUCUCAUCAUGCUGAGUACUACAUGCAUGAGGCCAAGAGGUUGAAACAUCGAGCAGACGCUAUGGUGGAUAAGCUAGGAAAAGCUGUGAAUUAUGUGGAUGCUGCUUUGUCCUUCAUGGAGUGCGGUAAAGCCAUGGAAGAGGGACCGCUGGAGUCCAAGUCCCCCUACACCAUGUAUGCUGAAACUGUGGAGCUCAUAAGAUACGCUAUGAGACUUAAGAGUCACGCUGGCCCCGGAGCCAGCCAGGAAGACAAACAGCUAGCUGUACUAUGUUUCCGCUGUCUUGCUCUUCUUUACUGGCAAAUGUUCAGACUUAAAAAGGACAACGCUCUAAAAUACUCCAAAGUCCUGCUGGACUACUUCAAGAGCUCUCCAAAAGGACCUCACAAACCCCCUCCUUGGAACAAUGCUGGAAAGGGAACUGUAGAUCCUGCCUCUAUUUGCUCUGUCAAUAUAAUGGGAUCUCACACAGGCAGCUCACAGAGCAGUGUCAUCAGCAUUCCCCAUCGCAUCCACCAGAUGGCAGCAAAUCACCUCAACAUUACCAACAGUGUCCUGUACAGUUAUGAGUACUGGGAGGUGGCUGAUACCCUGGCCAAAGAAAAUAAAGAAUUUUUCAACUAUCUGAACACACUGACUGGGCCCUUGACUCUACAUAGCAGCAUGGCCCAUAUCGUCCAGUACACCAGGCAAGGGCUGCAGUGGAUCCGGAUCAGUGCUAAUCUAUCAUAAUACCAUGUACAAACAUUCUCAAACUUCACAAAUCCCUUGAGGAAACAAUGUUCUCAAUUAGCAAAACAUUUUACAGUUACCUGCACUCUGUGACCAAGGAGUCUGGGUUUUGGGUCAAGACUGUUUUUAAGCCCGGACAGUAAUGAAGAAAAUUGUCUGCCAUAGUUUCAUGACAAGUCACGUGGCAUCAUGUCAUCAUAAGGUAUUAAGGAGCGGACAUACUUCAUGUUACUGAGCAUUAAAUGUCAAAAAUAUCUUAGGACACUGUGUCAGAAAUAAUCAUGUUUUCGUUAAUGCAAUUAAGCAGGUUAUGUCAUUCAAUUCUUAGCACUUCUUAAAAAAUGCUUACUGAAAGUUUUGAAAAGGAACCAUUGUCAACUAAUUCAGCAAAUGCUGCUCUUCCAAAA